AUUCUUUUUUUAAUUUGAGUCCAGAAAAGUUAAUAAAUAAAGAAACUUAUUUUUAAAAAUUAAAUCUCGUAUUUUCAGUCCAAUAAAAUUUUGCAGGGAACUCGUUAAACAUUUUUAUGUUUUUCUGCCCCCAGAGUCAUUAAAAAUGGAAAAACUCCCUGAAAUCAAUAAAAAAGCAAUAAUCGUCAGACUAACAAUACUCCCGACGAAAUCGAAUUAUCCCCAGAUAGCAGCACCCACCUCAAUCUCAAAUUACGUCACAAUCUUGGCCAGUAUGGCAGUAUCGUGUCGCGUAGAUCCUCAUUCCGGUAGUAUCACCUCUCCUUCUCCCGUAAACAUAAAAUAAACAAGUCCAUUGUUCACUCUUAAACAAACUCGUGACCUCGUUGAGUAAAAAUGCCAGUUGUCCAUUCAGUCCUGGAGCCAGUGAUCCACUUGUGUUGAUUUUGAGUGACUCAUAGGGCUCGGUGACGUUGACAGGUGGGUUCUGUCACUCCCGAGAGUGUUGAUCAGAGUUUAUGAAAAUGUUCGCGGGUUUGAAGAAUAAAAUACGCGAGGAAAUCGGGAGUGAUGUGUCAGCUGUGGUGAGAAACGCUGGUUCUGUCAGAGGUAUCAACUCCAGACAAAUCUCCCAGACUGGUUCCUCCAGCAGCAUAAGCGGCUCACAAAUAUCCCUGGAUGAGACUCGUGACGGCAGUGCCAUAUCCCCAUCCCCCAUCCUCCAUCGCAAACGAGAAAACAGUUUGGAUUUCAAAUUGAGCGAUGGUACACCAUUGACACCGAAGGAUAUUAAAAAAUUGGAGAAUCGCGAGGAGGAGUGGAGAAGACGUUUGAUGAAAAAAGAGGCAGAAUUGCAGAAGAAAAUUGACAAGAAGGAUGACGAGUGGAGGAUUAAGCUGCUCGAGAAGGAGAAAGAGUGGAAGAAGAUCCUCGAGAAACAGGAGAAGGAUAAAUUGAAAGUUGAAGAGGAGAAACAGAAAGCUGAACAUGCCAGGAGCUCGCUGGAACUGGCCCUCAGGGACGCCGAAGAGUACAAAAAAAAACUUUACAGCUUCCAAGAGGAUGCUGAGCAGCUCGAGGGGUUCCAGACACAGGAAAUGGCCAAAAUCAAACAUUUAUUAUUAGCAAAAGAACAAGAAGUUGAUGAAAAAUCUCAUCACUUAAAAUCAGCCCUGACCGAGAUCGAAGCCCUGAAGACUGAACUCUCUCGACUUCGGAGAUACGAAGAUGAACUGAAUAAUGUACAGGAUGAGAUGGAAAGCCUCCGUCACACGACUCAGCGUGAAAAGGCGCAAUUAUCUGGGGAAUUGGCACAAACUAAAGAGGAAGUGCGUCACCUCAUGGUCAAGGUAUUUGUCCUCGAGCAGAGAGUCGCCCUGGAGUCGAACAGUGAAUCAAGUGUCGACGAGAGAGUUGCCGAUCUGAUGAGAGAGAGAACACUGUUGGAGAGAAAACUGGAAGAGGCCCAUCUCCAUUUGUCGGACAUUAAGACCAGUUGGUCAGGAAAGAUAUCCUCCUUGGAGACACAGGUCGGCAGACUGAGCAGACAAGCUGGAGAAGAAGGUCUGGAGAGACGAAGGGUUGAGGAGGAGAAGGAGAAACUCAAGCAGAGGGUGAAGCAGUUGGAGGCUGAUAUUGAGGUGAACAAUGUUGUAAUGGCAACGAAAGAUGCUAAGCUUUUGCGUAUGGCGGAAGACAUCGACGAGAUGGCAACGGAACUUAAAGAGCUCCGUGCCAGCGUUGAUGAUGAGGUCGAAGAGUUUAAACGACAAAUAGGUUCAUCGAACGAAGAGUUCGUAAAACUAAGGUCCGACUUGGAAGAGAAGACUAAACAAUUGUCAGAGGUGCAAACAGAAUUGGAGCAGUUGAAAUUGGCCUGCGAAGCUGAGAAAUCAAACAACACCUCCUUGCACCUGCAAUUAGCACGAUUACGAGAGAACCUUGAGACUGAAAGAACAUCCUCCGCUACCCUGAGGCUUUCCCUCGAGAAGGAGCGCGACGAGAAGGACCUGGCGCUUCUCAGGAAUGCCCAGGUCUCGCAGGAUUUCGAGCUUGCGAUGCAGGAGAAGAGGAUUCAGGAGACUGAGAACGUGGAGCUACAGAGUAAGAUCGAGAACCUCGAGAGGACUAUGAAGAAGAUGAGGUACGACAUGGACGAGUCCUCGAGGGGCUUCGAAGAGGCCAGGGAGAGGCUAGCAGUGUUUGAACGGGCGGAGGAUGAUCGAAAGAAAAACGAGGAGAUGGAGAGGACGUUGAAGAACAAUUUAUCGGAUAUGGAGGAACAGCUGAGCGAUAAAACAAAGACAAUCAAAGUGCUCCAGCAGAGACUAGCCGACAUGAAGAAGACACUUCAACGAGAAUUACGAGUACCUUCAUCAUCAUUGGACAGUGAUGCUGAGCCACCCCCAGCAAUACUCAACCCCAGUUCAUCGAAAACUGUCACUGCCAAAAAUUCCAGCGGCCAAGAGGAAGACGUCAACUUUAAAUAUCUCAAGCACGUGCUGAUUAAAUUCCUGACGAGUAGGGAAUACGAGGCGCUCCAUCUAACAAGAGCCGUCGCCACACUCUUACAUUUUUCACCAGAGGAAGAAAGACUGCUCCAGGAAACACUGGAAUGGAAAAUGUCGUGGUUUGGCACACGUCCAAAUCUAGGAUUCGGGCAGACAGCAAAAGCCAUUCCCCCCAGCUGAUAGUGAGGUGUUUUCUCCGUUCAAGGAGAACAGCCAAUUCCAAUGGGCCAAAGUGUCACUGACUUUGAAUCAUAUUCCAUUGACGAAUCACUGCUCCCACUGUCUCGAUCUAUUUUUGGGUAGAAGCUGACAGGUUGUAGGAAUAGGGAUGAACGAAAUUCCAUGAAUUUUUUUAGAACCAAUAACUUAUGCCAAUCAAUUAACACGGAUAUUCAUUUGAUGAUUUUGCCUGCGUGUGAGCCCUUGUGAUGUUUAUGUGAAUUUUAAUUUUUUUUUGUACAAACUGCUUGUGUAUGUUACUGCAAAUUUGCAGGGGAUGAGUUGAAGUGAUGGGAUUAUUUCAUUCCACGUAAAAAAGAUAACCCCGACGAUUAACCGUAAUUGUAAUGAGAUUAUGAUGAGUUUGAGUAUUGUUGAAGAGCCAGACACAUAGUCCAUACCGACAGAAAAGGGCCAAAUUUUAAUCUUGAAAAUUGGAUAUUUAAUUAUAUAAAUUAGGAAGAGGGAAAAGCACAUUAUUAAUGACCCUGUUGACCCACUGAUGUGGCCAAAAGUAAUUUGCACGAUCAACCGAUUUUUAAAUGAGAUUUUCUAAACUGUGACGAGACUUUCCGUCAAUUUUUCAAUAAAAAUUCGAUUGACAGGAUUUUUUCAUUUCACAUAGACGAGAAACCCCGAACGAUUAGACGUAAUUAUGAUGGGCUUGAGUACUUUGAAGAUGUUGACCGACAGUUGAAAAUUUUUCAGAUAAAUAAAUAGUACGAGAAGUUUCAUAGACAUUCACCCGCUUCGUGGACCGAGAAGUAUUAAUAAUGCACUGUCAACUAACAUUUUCCUAACAGAGAUGAAAGAGAGUGAAAUAGAGAAUAGAAGAUGGGGAUUUGGGGGUGAAACGCGUUGAACAUGUUCCGAAAGAUUUCAAUACGGAGUUACUGUGCCUAAUUGAGCCAUCUUAUCAUAGAUCCAAACUGUUGAUACAUUGUACAUUAAAUAAACAGCAUGGAACCAUUCAAUAA